AUGGGCAAACUCCUCGAUACGGGAGCAUCGCAUUCUUUCAUAUCAGAACUAUGUGUCUUGAUCUCUGAGUUUAAAGCCUUCCUUACCAACCACUUUAAGUUCAAGGAUCUUGGUAAACCUAAAUACUUUCUUGGUAUUGAGAUAACAAGAAAUGGAACUGGAAUUUUUAUCUCUCAACACAAAUAUGCACUUGAUCUUGUAACUGAUGCUGGAUUACUUGGUUGCAAACCAGCAGCCACUCCCAUGGAUUCCAUCAAACAGCUGCAGAUGGACGCAGGAGAACCCCUUCCCGAUCCAACAGUAUAUAGAAGACUCAUUGGAAGACUUGUAUAUCUCUGCAUCACACGACCUGACAUCACUUUUGCUGUAAACAAGCUCAGCUAA